AUGUGUAUGACAGACGUAUUAUCCAUUGCUAUAAUCCUGCGCUUCUUUAGUGAUCCAGUAUUCAUUCCCACAUGUUUGAUGCUCUCAAUUGUUGGAAUUGGUUUCUCCUUUUGUGUUAAUUUGAUGUUCAAUAUUAUUUUGACCACAAUAAUAUUCAGAAAAAUGAUGGCGACUGAUAAUAAGUCAUUGAAGCAUGUUGUAAAGAGUAGAUAG